GAAGCGGAAGUGUACUUUUUUUUUAAGCGGAAGUGUAGUCCAUUUACAGCGGAAAUGUAGUUUUUAAUCUUUGAAGCGGAAGUGUAGUUCUCCGGUGUCCUUGUGCAGAAGUCUUUUGAGGACAGUUCGCGAUGUUCAGACACGUACAGGCGCUCCAGGCGGUGGCUCGGCGGAGCAUCAGCAGCAGCGCGGCGCGGCGAGGAAACCCGGUCCCGAACAAACAGAAACUCUUCCAGGAGGACAACGGGAUGCCGGUGCAUUUAAAGGGCGGCAGCUCCGACUCUCUGCUCUACAGGACCACGAUGGUGCUCACAGUGAUGGGUGCGGGUUACGUGGUGUACGAGCUGGUGACGGCCGCUUUCCCUCAGAAGAAAGAAUAGCCCCUGGUUUAGUCCAGGUUUAGACCAGACACAGUUUGGACCCGGCCCAGACCGGCUCCUCCUCAGUCCAGAGUCCGGUCCUGGUCCCGGUCCAGUUCCGUUCGUCUUUUGGCUGUAUAUGAUUCAGACUUCACUUGUUUACGUUCAUGGGAUCAAUAUUUAUUUGUGUUCUGUUCAAAAGAACAAUAAAAAACUCAUGACUCCA